ACUUUGCGGACCCUCGCAGAUUCCGCGUCGACGCGGCGCCGCUAGGGACCGACUAGGAACCGACUGCGACGACGCUUUCGAACGAAACUGUUCGCCGGUCGAAGCAGUCGCCGCGUCUCGGAGAGCGUCGUCGGAGAUAGAAACCAGCACGAUAGUCUUCGAAACAUGGCGUUGACGCGGCGGAAUCUUGCUACGCUGGUGCUGCUGGUCGUCCUGGCUUCGAUGACCGCUCAGAGUUGGGCGCAGAACGCUCAGCGAGCUCCGAGUCCCGCAAGAAAUUCUCACGGCGGCGGUCCGGCAUCGCACACCCGGUCGCAAUCGCCUUCUCGCGGUGGUGCUGGCGCUGCAGACGCCAGGACCGACCGUCGAAGGCGCCCCGACCGACCGCGCACUCCGGCCGGCUCGCCCAACGCCACCUACGACUACUUCAUCCUCAGUCAGCAGUGGAGCCCCGGAAUAUGCGCCGUUGAGCCACAGUGCGUCUCAACGAGCAAGAAGAACUACUGGACCAUCCACGGCCUCUGGCCUGCGGGUGACAACACUUCGCCAAGUUUCUGUGUAGACGAGCAGUUCAGCGGCCGCGUCCUUGACCCGAUCAAGAGGGAUCUGAACAAGUACUGGCCUUCGCUGACCAGCGCUGAAGCAAGAUACUUCACCUUUUGGCGCCACCAGUGGCAGAAGCACGGUACCUGCGCCGGUGAUGUUCCCGCGCUGAAUGGCCUCUUCAAGUUCUUCAACUCAACCCUAGCUGUCUACAAGAAGUACAACAUAUUCGAGUUUCUAUCGAACAGCCUUAUUAGGCCCAGCGUCGUCAGAACGUACUCGGUUUCGGAAAUUCGCAACGCCCUCUCGGACGACAUUCGCCAGAAGGUCAACAUCGUCUGCAGCCAAAGAGCGCCGAACUAUUCCGCACCCGUCCUGGCCGAGAUUCGAUUCUGCCUUAACCGGCAGCUGCAGCCCAUCGACUGCAAGGCGAAGCACUCCGGCUGUGGUCAAGGCAAUGUCUACUACUUGGCCUUUGGCAAAGACGGCGCCACCUCGCAUAUGUCACCACUUUCAUGGCUCCUGCACUGCAGCUGGCUCUUCGCAGUCAGCGUCAUACCGAUGCCUCUGUACCGGUUACGCUGAGCUCAGAGGUGCACGUAGCACAAGCAGGACGUGCUGUGUAUCACUGCAUUGUUCCGAAAUCUUUAAUACCGGUGUCACACGGUCACUUUCGAUCGUGAUCGGGCCUCGUCCAGAUCGAAUUUCUUGAUCGUGAUUGGCUCCUCUAAGCAAGGGAGCCAGUCACUGUAGAGAAUAUUUAUUCGGAUGAGGCUUAAUUGCAAUCAGCAGGGCAUCAUGUGACACCGGUAUAAGGUUUCUUUAUAAUCAAGAGUUCGACGGAAAACCAUAUCGUCGAGAGAAGACGUAUAUAGUUGAAAGUUUAACACCGACCAUAAAAAUUAGAAAUAAAAGCUGACAUUUCUUUUAUUUCUGACUUUAUUGGUCAGCAUUCAACUUUCAACUAUUACAGCGUCUUUAUCGUUACGGCCCAUGCAGUCAAAGCAUUUUCUCAGAAACAACCGGGGGGCAACCCUUUGCAAGGCACAGUACAAUUUUUUACUUGUACAGAAUUUCUGCUGCAUCAGAGUACAGCUAGUACUAGCGGCAGGCACGUAGGCAAGGGGGGGGGGGCUCGAAAUUCGUCCAGCCUUCUAUAUUCCCGGGCAACUUUUUCUUUUUCUUUUUGCCAUGGAAAGACUAUCUUUCAAACAAUAAGGCCUUGCCCCCCCCAACAAAAAAAAAUUCUGGCUACGUGCCUGACUAGCGGCGUACAUUUGCAACUACCGACUUGCCACAUGUGUUUCUUAAAACCUGAACUGCAUCGGUGGCAACCCAGAAGGCCUUGUAAUCCUGGCGACUCUACUGUGCUUCCCGAUGUCAAAUGGACUUCACGAACGUUUUGUACCAGUGCAUGUUAGUGUUCUUGUUCACACUAACUGUUGAUUUAUUUUUCCUUUCUUCUUGCUCUGUUAUCUUUUUCUGAUCUUUUUCUCUCUUCUAUUUUUUUCUAUCCUCUUUUUCUCUCUCUUACCCUUCCCCACGUGUAGGGUAGCUAACAAAGCAUGUGCCUGGUUAACCUCUCUACCUUCCCUCUUCUUCUCUCUCUCUCUGUGGUCACUCAUGGGAAAGGUUGCUGCGUCUACUCUCGCACUAAUUCACAGCUACUUAGCAUUAUAAUCUUUUACGUUGGACUCAACGGAAACUUACAAAAUUGAUUUUUCAGCUUAGAAGAAAUCACAAUUGGUCAUGCAAAGAUUCAUUGUCACACCUCAGGCCUGCACAAUAUCAGAUAUGCGAAAUACUAGAAGCAGGCUAUCCCACCCUCAUGUUUUCCUACACAAGAUGGCAGGCUAGCCACUUAUGGUGCCAUUGAGCCAUAGGUAGGUUGGUUUACAGCCAGGAUGUAGCAAGGAAGAUGCUGAUGCUAGUACAUCAGGACUAAGCUAUGCACUCCAGCUCUAUUUACACUUAGGGUAACGCCCGCAAUUCUCGUAAGUCAAACAAGACACGUCAAAAAGUGAACUUGCAGAAUUUUGUGUAUUGAAGUGUUUGUAAGCAAGCAUUGCAAUGGCCAUAACUUCUCAGGCCUAGUUAACCCCUGUUUUCUUUCCUUGUUGAAGCGAUCAACCAAUAAGCCUCACUUAGCUCUUGCUACGAUUCUCAAACGCAAAGAAAGUGGGAAAGCGCUGUCAUGCCACAGAUGUGACAAUUCUUGGCACCUGCAAUGUCACGUGUAAUGCGUGUCAUGCAAUGACUUCAAAGCCAUGACGUAUAUUGUCCAAACUGUCCAUUUAUUGCCCGCCACGGUGGUUUAGCAGCUGUGGUCUUGCGAGUACGAGCCCGAGGGUUCAAUUUCAGGCCACGGCGGCCGCAUCUUUAUGGGGACAAAAAUGACCAUGCACUUAGGUUUACGUGCACAUUAAGGAGCCCCAGGUGGUCAGAAUGAAUCCAGAGUUUUCCACUGCAACAUGCCUCCUAAUCGUAUUGUGGCUACAACUUCAUAUUGUGACUCAGAACUUCAUAAUUUAUAAACAUCCACAGCCGAACAGCAAGGCUCUGUGCCAUUUUUUAGGACUUAAUGUCACAUGCGGCUGCCAUUACAGCUAAACUGUAUAUUACGCAAAAGAAUGUGUUUGUCGCAAGAGAGAUGGUAAAACCAUUUAGAAUGUCUAUAAGGAGAAUGCAAGUCCACAGUAUGGUGUUGUGCCUGUUCCAUGCUUUCACGAUCGCUUCAGUGUAGGGGUGCGCGAAUAGCAAUUUUCGAGAGCGAAUUGAACAUGAAUCAAAUAGUUCCAGAAGAGAAUGGAACACUUUUCAAAUACUGAAAAUCUAUUUUUACAUGUAAUAUGAUGUUUGCAUUCUGGUACUGUCCAUAUUUUAGCAUCAAAAUCAGAAAUGGAACAUUGGCAAAAAAUUACAUCUCUUUAAACUUAUGUAGUAAAAAAAAUAAUAAUAAUCCGAUUCUUCGUAUGCAUAAGACUUUCAAGAUAGUACAUAUGGAAGUUAGUGGCUACCUCAGCAGCAUACCUUAAUGCACUACGCAGGCUUUCGUGCCCAUGAGGAUGAACUUUAUCACACUUUUGCACCAAUAUGCGGUGUACCUGAUGUGCAGUUGACAUUUUGAAAUAUUCGUAAACUAUCCUAAAAACAUUCGUACUUGUGAAUUGUGGCUAUAUGGUCUUUGAUUCAAUUCAUAGACUGAAUCGAAGAUUGUUCCGAUUCAGUAUUCAAAGUUUAUGAAUAUUCGCACACCCCUACUUGAAUGUCUAUGCAGGUAUGUGUCUAUCACUGUUAGCAGUCUCGACCAGUUGCUGAUAAAACACAGUCAUGCCGUCCUUUGCCAUUAGACUCCCUUUGAGCAAGCUAGCAUCACUGUCCACGACAUGUCAAUGCCAAACUGCACCGAGGCCGUAACGCUUGACAGGCUUCUGAAGGCGGAAGCCUAUUGUUACGUUUUUAUUUUGUUAUUCAUUGUUUUUAGGUUUUCCUAUAAUUUUACACUCGCACACAUUUUGUGCUCUUGUUUUAACUCCCGUUUUAAUUUCGCCGAGAAACUUGCACUUUACACACCCAAUUCAAUGAAUUGUAACGUUUACACUUUGUACCAAAGUGCCACACAACUUAUUUGAUGUGUCCGAUAGAAAAUGGUGUUUUGUGAACUUUCAUGAAGACUAUGCACUUUCCCAGCUUUUGUGCUUGCAUGGCAACUCCUCACUGACAUAUUUUUCAUGUGCGGAAAUGGCAUAUUUGAGUGUAAGCCUGUGCUGCUAUGCUGAAUUCUUGUGCCAGAAUAUUGUACAGUGUAUUGAACGUGUUUCUUUUUUCUUUAAAUAUUGAUACAAUCCAGUGAGAAGAGAAUAAAUAAAUAAGGUAAUAUAUUUAAGGAGUCAGAGUUUGCAAGUUUCAUUUUUGGAAUGUUCCGAUUUGUUGGCUUCUCUCUCAAAUCUAUUUUUUUGGAAAAAGUAAGAACAUUUUACUUACACUUCAAAACAUUUGCACGUUACUCCUCGUUUACACUAAGACUUCUUUUUGUGAAAAUGUGGCAAUUUCAUGCUUACACUUGCGACAAACACGUCAAGCUUUAGAUUUGAAAAAAAAAAAAUGUUUAUUCACUGUACAGGGAAUCAAAUAUACCACUGCACUUCAAAGGAAAACGAACAGGUCUGUUAACUGUGUCCUUCAUGAAGUGGAGAAUGCACCCUGCGCAACACUUGUUAAUGCCACCGGAAAUAAUGCUGGAAAUUAACUGUUUUUUUAACUCCUGAACGUUCCACGUAGGGAACAUUCAACAAAAUGACCUUGUUAGACACUUUGGCUUGAGCAAAUUGCACAGGUUACAUAGUAAAUAUCAACAAACAAAACUAGCAACAAAUGUAGCCUCAAAAAAGACAUUUUAAAAAUUUCAUGACACUU